GCGCAUCCUGUCCCUGGCUGUGCAAACUUGGGCAGAUCACUUUGCUCUUUGCUUGUUUCCGGGUUGUAAAUUGAACGAACAACACCGUUCUCAUCAAUGAGCCUUAAUCCUUCUCCUUUCCUUUCCUCUCCUUGCGGAUCAAGACUGAGCGAUUGUGCUGAUGGCAAUGCUGCGGACACAUUCUGGUUGAGUGAUGUGUCUGCCUGGUAAAUAUAUUCAAGUUGAUGGAGGUCGGGACGGAGUGGCGGAUGCUGUCCAGAGAGGUUUCAACCCACGCCUGGACACAGGAAGUGCUUUCUGAGACAUCGGUACCUCUGGAUCCAGCUAAGAAAGCAGCAUAUCUCCAGCCUCACACCAUGGAAAUCCAGCUUCAGGACCCUCAACACCAACAGGAUUGUGGUGAUGUGAUAAGAAUAAAGAAAGAAGAACUGGAUAUAAAGCAGGAACUUACUGUAGAUAUGGAAUCCCAAGAAAAGUUAUCAGACCAAAUCAAUGGAGAGGCUUUUGAAUGUGGAGAAACCCAAGAACAUAAAGGAUGGAUGGAAAGAUAUCAGAGAAACACUUCAAAUGAGAGGAGAUACAAGUGUGAUGAAUGUGGGAAAAGAUUCACUCUAAAGUCAAGCCUCAUUAGACAUAAAAGAAUCCACCCUGGAGAGAGAUCCUAUUCAUGUAAUGUAUGUGGCAAAACUUUCAUUCAGAGCUCACAGCUUACUGACCAUCAGAGAAUACAUAGCCAGUUAAAACCACAUCAGUGUAAUGAGUGUGAGAAAGGCUUUUAUUACAGGGCACAUCUUGUUCAGCAUCAAAGGAUCCACUCUGGAGAAAAACCUUUCCAAUGUAAUGAGUGUGGGAAAGCUUUUCAUUACAGCGCAGGCCUUAUUCGACACCAGAGGACCCACACAGAAGAGAAACCAUACCAGUGUAAUGACUGUGGGAAAGCUUUUCAUUACAACUCGGGCCUUAUUCGACACCAGAGGACCCACACAGGAGAGAAGCCAUACCAGUGCAACGACUGUGGGAAAGCUUUCUGUCUGAGCUCACAUCUGAUACAACAUCAGAGAGUUCAUACUGGAGAGAAGCCAUACCAGUGUAGUGAGUGUGGGAAAAGCUUCAGCCAGAGCUCAGGCCUCUUCCAUCACCAGAGAAGCCACAGUGGGGAGAAACCAUAUGAAUGUGAUGAGUGUGGAAAGGCUUUCAGUCAUAGUUCAGCUCUUGUUGGACACCAGAGAAUGCACAGUGGAGAGAGGCCCUAUGAGUGUGAUGUGUGUGGGAAAGCUUUCGGCUAUAGCUCGCAUCUUCUGGGACACCGAAGAAUCCACACUGGAGAGAAGCCAUAUGAAUGCCAUGUGUGUGGAAAAGCUUUCCGGCAGAGCUCACACCUCAUUGUACAUCAGCAAAUCCACACUGAAGAGAAGCCCUGGUAAUGUCCAGAGUUAUGUAGAAUUUUCCAUCUACGCUCAUUCCUGUGGGACAUCAAAAAAGCACAGCUAGAUGUAGGGAACUCUGUGAUCACUAUUGCAAUUUCAGCAGUCACUCGGAAAUACUUAAAAAAGCUGCAAUAGACAAGCACCUGACGGUUUACCAAACAAGACACUGAUGUUCUGCCACUAAGCACAUCAUGUGAUGAACUAGGACAUUGGAAGGGUUCAUUUCAUUAUUCUGAAACUUUUCUUCUCUGAAGCAAGUGGCUCCAGCAAUCUAAAUGUUCUGUUAGACAUAUAACGAGAUUUUAGAGAUUACUACUGUUUCUUUUCUCCUUCCCUUUCCAUUCUUCCCCCUUUUUUUUUUUUUGGCUAAAGUAUGAAUUUAGAAUUAAUAGCUGAUCUACACUUUAAAAAAAUGAGUUUUUGGUUAGCUUGAUAAAAUACAUUAGCCUAUGAAUUAU